AGCCGAUUGUCACAACGUCAGGAACAAGGAAGAAAGGAAGGAUCUUGUUUUUAAAUAUGGACGUUGUCUUUUGUGUUUAAAAAAGGGACACAGAGCUUAUCAGUGUCAUUCGAAGGAAAAAUGUAAAAUGCCGCCUAUGAUCUACGACAGAAGCCACUGUUGUUAGAAGAUUUUUAUAAGGAGAUUGUAUCGUACACAGAUAGAACAGUCAUGGUUUGAUCAGUUUUCCUUACGAUUGCAAAGUUCUGCAUGAAAAGAAAAAAAUCGAACAACUUACAACAACCCCUCGAAUCUCUUCGUUGUUGCUGUCGGAAUUAAAUUCAACUCAACGGGGCAAACUUCGAUGGGAACAGGAGAUAGGCACGCAUGAAAAUCAAACAUCCAUCCUCAUGAUAGAAGGUAUCAUCAUGGAUUUGGAAGUUGGGAAAACAGCUGAAGGAACAGUUGAAGAAGAACUGAAUGAAAGCGAAAAUGAGAUUGGUGAAAGUCUGAAAACUGCUUGCGACAAUGCUGAAAAUUUAGAAACAAUAGACUUUAGAAUAAUAUGGAAUAAACAAAAUUUUAGAGUCAAGUUUGCAGCAGAUAGAAAGAUCGAAGACUUAAAAGACCAUAUAACUGAAUUGACAGGUAUCCCAACAAGCAUGCAGAAACUUAUGUAUAAAGGGUUGAUAAAGAACGAACACUUGACUCUCAAAGAAUUAAACAUAUGCAGUGGAGCAAAGCUUAUGCUUGUGGGCUCAACUCUUAAAGACGUUCUGAAUGUCAAUCUUCCAUCGAAAGAAACUCCAAAACAAACAGAAGUUACCCAAAGCGCUUCGCAAGGAAAUGAAAGUUUUUCAAAUAAAAAGGAGCAUAGAAAAGUCCUAGACAAAGGGAAACCAGAUGAUGUCAUGCCAGGAAUUAUUGGUUCCAAGGAAAAAUUACCUAUUCAGCCAUUAUACGGUAUGUGCAAUAAACAUGGUGGAAAAGUGAGGUUGACAUUUAAACACGAGUUAGAUCAACUUUGGCUUGGGACCAAAGAAAGGACAGAAAAAAUUCCCAUGUCAUCGAUUAAAACCGUUAUUUCUGAACCAGUAGCUGGCAAUGAAGACUACCAUAUCUUGGGUUUGCAGUUGGGUCCUACGGAUGCUUCAAGGUACUGGAUUUACUGGGUACCAGCGCAAUAUGUUGAUGCAAUUAAAGAUACUAUACUGGGCAGAUGGCAAGAGUUUUAGUUUUUUCAAAUUUUUCUUCAUCUUCUGUGUUCAACAAGUUUGGUUUCAUAUGAAACUUGGUUGUAAAUCAAGCAGUGAUAACAAUUUAUUCAUCCAGGGAAACUGUUGUUCUAUAGAAUUACGGACCAUCGAAAAUCUAUUCCCCUUAGAUGCAACUACUCAGCGUUUCCUUGAUGUAUUAUCUAUCCUAUCAGGAUAAUGGUAUCCGAUUUUGAUUCAGAAAAGAAAUUACUUGCUUUUAAAUGAAAUUUGUCGUAUAGGCUGAUGCUGUUUUUCUUUUUGUUACCAGAAUCGUUUAUUUAAAGGGGAACUGAAGUGAAAAAUGAGAAUCAUUUAAUUAGUAAUUUUCAUCGUGCUGAUUUCGAAUAUCGACACGAAAUUAGUGUUUUUCUUUUCGUUUUCCUGCAUUUAACGCGCAAAGUGUGAAAUUUCUCCAUUUCCAUGGCUGAGAGGUCUGGAGACAAGUUUCAGGCGCUGAGGUAAAGUCGUGGACACGUGCCCCGAACCUAACGAAAACAACAGUGUAGUAGAGUGAAUCGGAGGGAGGGAAUUCGGUUAGUAGUUGAAAUUUCAGAUCGCAAUUUUCACGACAGCUCUUCAGGAAUAACAACAGACUUAAGAUCGAGCGACGAUGAAGUGUUUGGAGCAUGUGGCGGUGAAGUACUUGCCCUACCAAGGGCGAACGGGAACUGCGAAAGUGGCGAUGAAGAUUAGCCUAGGCCCGAUGAGAUCCCAGAGGAUGAGGAUGAAUUAUCUCCCGCGACGUGCUCGUUUUGUUGGUAGAAACGAGGAAGCAAAUAAAUGGUACGUCGAUCCUUGUUUCUUUUCUUGCAAUGAAGGCAAGAAAUACUCAAACUCAAUUUCCUUAUUUCCUUAUAAAAAGUAAGAUACAACAGAGAAUGAGUAGGCUUACUAUUAUAAUCUUUCCAUUUCUAAAAUCUGAAAUAAUAAGGAUUAUUACAUGUUACAAUUUAAUAGAUAUUUGCUUUGAUAUAAAAACGUUUAUACAUAGUUUGAUGUGUAGCACGGAACAGGUCGACCUAAUCCACUUUUGGUUUAAAACUGGUUUGUUUCGUGUACAUUGACAAGUAUUAUUAAAUCUUACUGCAAUUCAGAUUUUUGGACUGAUAAUUCGAAAAUGUCAAAUAUUUAAUAGAAUUGCAUAAAUAUGCCUAAAAUAGAAUAAUACCUAGAAUUAUAUCCACUUUGCUAGGUAUCUACGAACAGUGGCCGAUCAAUGGAUGGUUUGCUGGUUUUUUGGUACUUGUGCUGGAUUAACUGGACAACUUUAAGUAUGCAUUUAUCACAAAUGUAAAGAAAAGAACUUUAGUCAAAGAUGACAAGGGUUUCAAAUUUCUGCAGAGAGCCAAUGAAAAUGCAAAAAUCGGCUACCUACUACAUAUACAGUGGAGAACAGGAUUAUAUACACGGGGUUAUUCAAAAGGACCAGACUUUUAGUUCAUAAUAGCAAGAAGAGAAAUUUGUUGAAACUAGUGGGACAAUGGCCAAAUCUUGUCAGCCCUAGGCCAAAUCACUAGAUUAGUCACAUCAAGGGGGGGGGGGGAUUGAGCAAGGCUUGAUAUUUUUAAGAUUCCUAAGGUGUACUUUUCAAGAUAUUUCACUCACAUCAAAAUGUGUAGAAUAGUUUGGAUUUGAUCAAGUUUUUCUCUUACAUUAAUGGUCCUGUACCACCUGCUUGGUAACAUUUUUUAUAAAUAAUCAGAGGAAAAUGUUUUACCUUCAGGGUAUAAUGCUCUUUUAAUGUAUUCUGUCACUGCCUGUUGUUUAGAUACACUGUUUUUAAAUUUUGAAAAUGAAGUUUUUUUGUGCCCAA